CUGCCCCUCAGGUGCACCCCUGCCCCGCCGGGCGAUGGACAUUUCGAGGGACUUCUUCGGUAAGCUGCGCGCCCUAGCCCUCACGCUGGAGAAUGAAGCGAGGCAGCUCGAGCGGGCCCUACGCAAGGAGGACACGGACUAUGAAGAUGAGUCUCCAGUAAGAGCCUUAUAUGACUUAAUUUGUGAAAUCAGGACUCUAAAGGAAGAGAUUAAUGACAGUUGCAAUAAGAGUUGCUCUGAAAAACAAGAAAUUCGCGAGUUUUUGAAGACAAGUGAAAUGUUGAUGCAAAGAAAUGCAGCAGAUCUUGGAAAAAUAAGAGAACUGUUCCAGAAAUAUGGCUACAAACCACAUGGCAAAGACUUUACAGAAAAGGAUGAAGUAGAAGUUAACAGUGAUUCAACGAUGUCUGUCCAGAAUAAAUCUGAUAAAAAAGCCGAUGAUGUACUUCCUGGUUGUCCUGAGAAGCCACAGGUGCCCAAAGACCCGCUGCGUAACCCUCAGCUUUCUGAUUUUGGGCUUUCGCAAUAUGCUUUCUCCAGGCCUUGGAGUGCGGUGAAAACUCAACACACAACAAAUGCAAAUCAAGAAAAUUCAAGGAGUAAGACUCCAUUAAAAACAUGGCCCCCCUCUAUUUUACCCAAAACACCAAAAUGUAUGCUAAAGAUGGAUGAUUAUGUGUGCAUAACACCGAAACUUGAACAUUUUGGCAUUAGUGAACAUACCAUGUGUAUGAAUGAAGAUUAUACAAUGUCACUUAUUCGUAAAACUGCUCAAACAAGCAAGAUGUUGGUUAAAAAAUAUGAUCAUGAAGUGAAUCUACCAGAAAUGACACCCAAGGAAAUCAUGGUUACUCCUGGGCUGAAACCGAAAGUAACAGCUGAGAAUGCUAACUGGAUGCCUUCUCCUAGGAUACUUGUGUUCCAUACUCCUGAUGUAAAUGGAAGUUCCAGAGCAAAUGAUACAGUAUUAUCAAGGUCACCACAGACAAAUGAACGGCCUCCUCCCAGUCAUGCAGGAACACCGAAGUUUCCAGAUUUUGAAACACGAUGGCUAAAACCAGAAGCUGAGGUACAGGUAAAGCAGGGGGAAAAGACUGAGUCGGUGACAAAGAGUGAUGCAACAGAUAAACAGCGCAUAGAAGAUAGCAUUUCUUUUACUGUGAGCUCUGAUGAGUAUCUUAAACAUUUGAGGGACCCUUCUCCUCCCAAACUAAAACACUAUGACCAGUUACUCAAUACUCCUCCACCUCCAGAAAUAACAAGGAUACCAGAUGAUGUUCUACAGAUUCUGUCCAAGUAUGAUCAUAAAGUAGACUCUUCUAAAGCCAAGGAAAUGAAGACCAAGACAGGAAACACUACAAGAUAUGGAAGCGAUUUCACUGAUUACUACAACAAAGAGAACAGAGGAUAUCCUGGAUUUUUCAAGCCAAACAUCUGAAAUCAAGCUGAAGACCUUGUUGAGACUAUUUCAUAUUCAUGGAUCACUGAAUCCUAACAAGCUCAAAAAACCAAAAGAAAAUACUGGUGGGAGGAGAGCCAUACCAAGGAAAAGCUUAGUGGAGAAACAUCAUUUAUCCAUAAUGUUUGAACUAACAA